UUCCCACCUCUAUCCGGCUGCGGUCAUACUGAAAAAAAUUGUGAAAAGGGUCGGAUCGCAGCGCUGCGGACCGGACUCCGGAGAAUUUUCAGCGACUCGCGUACGGAAAAAGUUCGAUUGAACCUGGCCAAAAAGAGUCCGUCGAGUGGAACCGAAACGAGCGGCAACAAUAAAAAAUAGGAAAAAAAAAUAGGAGGCAGCGAUGUCCACCGCCGUUGAAACGGGGUCGUCGCCUGCCAAGAGCAACAGCAACAACAACAGCAGCGGCGGCAACAACAGCGGCAACAACGGCAAUCCCAGUCCAAAUGCAAAAGGCGUGCAGCGGCGUCAACUGCGCGAGAGGAAGCAGCGCAAGCUCUACCUGGAGGAAUGGACGCUGGGCGACGAGGAUGAGGGGACGCGCGGAUUCAGCGUCGCCGAGAAGCUCGAAUCUUCAAAGUUCGCGCAGGCGGGAAUGGUGCGCGAGAUGCGCGGAUGCGAUCUCACCGUGGCUUUCCUACAACAGCAUGGCUUCAACAUCCCGCUGUUGUUCCGGGACAAAGCUGGUUUGGGCUUACGGAUGCCCGAUCCUCAAGAGUUCACCGUGAACGACGUGCGACUGUGCGUGGGUUAGAGACUCCUCGACGUCAUGGACGUAAACACGCAGAAGAAUCUACAGAUGACCAUGAAGGAGUGGCAGCAGUACUACGACAGUCCGCAGAAGGACCGCCUGCUAAACGUGAUUUCGCUGGAGUUCUCACACACCCGCCUGGACAGAUUCGUCCAGAGUCCGGAGAUCGUGCGCCAGAUCGACUGGGUGGACGUGGUGUGGCCCAAGCAGCUGAAGGACGCCCAGCGGGAGGGCACCAACCUGCUGGGCGGCAUGAUGUACCCAAAGGUGCAGAAGUACUGCCUCAUGUCGGUGAAGAACUGCUACACCGAUUUCCACAUUGACUUUGGCGGCACUUCCGUGUGGUAUCAUAUCUUGAGAGGGAGCAAAGUAUUCUGGCUGAUUCCACCCACCGAUCGCAAUCUUCAGUUGUACGAAAAGUGGGUUCUCUCGGGCAAGCAGGCGGAUGUCUUCUUCGGCGACACUGUGGAAAAGUGCCGAGUCUAUUUGACUGCUGGAAACACCUUCUUCAUACCCACAGGCUGGAUUCAUGCGGUCUACACGCCCACUCAAUCCCUAGUUUUUGGCGGGAACUUUCUGCACUCCUUUGGCAUAGUUAAGCAACUGAAAACAGCCAGUGUGGGAAGUACGAAGGUGCCCCAGAAGUUUCGAUACCCCUUCUUCACGGAGAUGCUGUGGUACGUCCUUGCGCGCUAUGUUCACACGCUGCUGGGACACUCCCACCUGGAGGGUGAAGCCUCGUUGAGCGAGGAUGAAAUGGCUGCUCGCCCGCACACCCACCUCACGCACCACGAGCUCUUUGGUCUAAAGGAGAUCGUGAUGUAUCUGUACGAUCUUCCGCCGCAGAAGAAGAACGUUCCCAGUUUAGUCCUGGAUCCUGUGGCCCUGAUCAAGGAUGUUCGAUCGCUAGUGGAACGUCACUGCAAGGAUCAGCAAGAUCUGGCCAUCACUGGCAUGUCCGUGUUGAAAUCUCCACCUGGAUCACAGCCGCCCUUCUUGCUGUACGAUCGUACACGGGUAAAGCAGGAGAUAAAGCAGGAAAUUGCGCGCAAAAAUGCAGGUAUACGGGAGCAACAGCAAUUGGAGGCGGGCAGAGCCAGGGAUGCCGAGUCGGACACAUCCCAGUCCACUGGAGUGGGAUCUGCAAUUGGAAUGGGCGCUGGAAUAGAGUACAGCAACGGAGUUAUGAAGAAGGAACAACUGGAGAAUGGUAGUGGAGUAGCAGUCGGAGGAAAUGGAUCGCAGCCAGAGGCCACCUUUGUUCUGCCCACCGAUACGCUCAAGUACCGCCCACAAAAAAUGCAUUUGGCCACCGCAUUGGUGGCAGCUGCCGCCAGCAGUAGUAGUGGCUCUGGAGGAUUGGUAAGCUCAGUGGGAGGAGGGGGAGGAUCUGCAGUCGUAGGAAGCAGCCAUAGUCCCACCGGUGGAGGAGUUGGACCUGCUCCAGGAGCCAUCAGUGUCAUUGCCACCAGCUCAAGCUACAGUGAAGGCGGAGCAGUUGGAGGAGUUCUCAGCAUGGACAAUUGUCAUUCUCCAGGGGACGGUGGUGCCAAAUUGUCGCCGAAUUUGACUGGCACAGGACAACCGCGACGGCGCAGGACGCGCUGCAAGAACUGUGCCGCCUGCCAGCGCUCCGACUGCGGCACCUGUCCCUUCUGCAUGGACAUGGUCAAGUUCGGUGGCCCCGGCAGGGCCAAGCAAACGUGCAUGAUGCGACAGUGUCUGUCGCCGAUGCUGCCCGUCACAGCGCAGUGCGUCUACUGUCACCUGGAUGGCUGGCGCCAGACACCAGUCUCGCCACAGACCAAGCAACUGGCUUCCGCCGAUGGGCCGGCCCUGAUGGAGUGCUCCGUGUGCUACGAAAUCGCCCACCCGGACUGUGCUCUCUCGCAGUUGGAUGGCAGAGAUGCGGCGGAUGCCAAGGGCAUUGUAAAUGAGGAUCUGCCCAACAGCUGGGAGUGCCCCAGCUGCUGUCGUUCCGGCAAAAAUUAUGACUACAAGCCCCGUCACUUCCGAGCUCCAAAGUCCUCCGAAGUGCGACGUGUUUCCGUUUCCCAUGGGCCAGGUGGCGGUGGCGACGGCCACGGAGGGAACCCACUGCUGCCGCCCCCGGUGGGCCAGUACAAUGACUUUGUCUUCACCAGUGAGUCGGAGAUGGAAUCCGGCACGGCCAGCGGCCAUAUGACGCACUGGAAGCACGGCAUGAAGCGCCACCACCAGUUGGAGGUUAAAACGGAGCGGAAUAACAGCUGCGACACCCCAUCGCCAGGAAUCUCACCCAAUGCCGGCGGCGAGUCCAAAGUAGGGAAGCGGCGCAAGAGCGACGAUGGAACUAGUGUUAGUAGCAGCAUGCACGAGAGUAAUGAUGCCCCGUGUGGGUCAUCGGCAGAGGGACCUGGAGGAGCAGGAACCGCCAAUGUAUCCACCAAUCAGUGGAGCGGUAGUGGCGGAGGAGGUGGCUCCCGCAAAAAGAACUCAAUACGAUCGCAGCUGGCCCAGCAAAUGCUGAACUCGUCGACGCGAGCUAAGAAACCGCAGUAUGUGGUACGCCCGGCUAGUGGCACCGGCUCGUCUUCAUCCAGUGGAAAUGGAGGCAGUGCAUCCGCCACCAAUGGCAUCAGCAAUGGCAGCAAUCAAAGCGGCGAUUCCAGUGGAGGUGGAAACGGCGAGCGAGGAACCAAUAAUGGAGUAAGCGGCUCGAAUGGCCUGGGAAAUCAACACCACAGUUCCGCUCAAAAUCUGGCACUGGAUCCCACCGUGCUGAAGAUCAUUUUUCGAUAUCUUCCGCAGGACACGCUGGUCACCUGCUGUUCGGUGUGCAUAUGGUCCAAUGCGGCCGUUGAUCCCGAUUUGUGGAAGAAAAUGAAUUCCGAGCACAAGAUGUCAGCCUCUUUGACGGCGAUUGUGCGCAGGCAGCCGGAGCAUUUAAUUUUGGACUGGACACAGAUUGCCAAGCCACUGGCGUGGCUGGUGGCUCGUCUGCCGGCGCUCAAGAAUCUCUCGCUGCAGAACUGCCCCAUCCAGGCAGUGUUGGCGCUGCACACCUGCCUUUGUCCACCGCUCCAAACUCUGGAUCUGAGCUUUGUGAGGGGCCUAAAUGAUGCUGCCGUGAGGGAUAUCCUCUCUCCGCCAAAGGACUCGCGACCUGGGUUGAGUGACUCGAAGACGCGGCUAAGGGAUCUCAAAGUGCUGAAGCUGGCGGGCACGGACAUUUCGGAUGUGGCCGUGCGCUAUAUCACGCAGUCGCUACCGUACUUGCGGCACUUGGAUCUCUCCUCCUGUCAGAGGAUCACGGAUGCGGGCGUGGCGCAAAUAGGAACCUCCACCACAGCCAUUGCCCGUCUCACGGAGCUGAAUCUGAGCGCUUGCAGGCUCGUUUCUGAGAACGCUUUGGAGCAUCUGGCCAAGUGUGAUGGGCUCAUCUGGCUGGAUCUGCGCCAUGUACCCCAAGUGAGCACCCAGUCGGUCAUCCGCUUUGCGAGCAACUCUAAGCACGACCUGUGCGUUAGAGACAUCAAGCUGGUGGAGCGGAGGCGUAGGAACUCGAUGACAGUGGCCAGAAGCUGGCACCACGACUGAGCAACUGGCAGCUGGAGGAGGCCCUAUAAAUCUUAAUCGUAUGCAUUAGGACAGCACUCUUUCUAAGCCCCCAAUCCUCAUACCAUGAAUCCUCGCCGGAAUGCAAGCCAAAGAGAGUCGUCAGGUCCUUUGUAUUGCGUGUGGUUAUGUUCUUAAAAGCUAAGCUAGUCAGGUUCUGAUUUUCCGAUUUUUCCGAGUGGGUCUUGAUUCCCAAAGGUCACUGAUGAGGAUGUUUGGCGGCAUCCGAAAUAUGCAAAUUUCUCCACCUCGCUAUCUGACCAGCCCAUUUUCUAUUUGCAUGUAUACAUCUAUCUUAUCCUAUACCUCUUUAAAAAGUUCCUGAGAAUCUCAAAAAAUCAUUAAUUUCAUUGUUUCAAUGUUUCGAAGAAUAUUAAAACUGAGCUGACGGAAUUUUUAGAACGGGAAAAUGUUGCAAUAUUAUAGGGAACGGAAAAGGCAUAUUCUUAAUUUCGGAUUUUAAUUUUUCGUCCUCGUUUUCUCCGUUUUGGCUAACCACAUUGGGCAGUGCAAAGGGCUGAGCUUCGGUUUUUCCGAAGUUAGAUGGCAGCCAUCCUCUCCAAACCCCCUUUUCUACACGUAGCCACAACACUCACACUCGGACUUAGCGUAGUGAUUAAGAUUAGCAUUCCCGCGAUGGUAAUUACAUUUAAUCAGUGUCAUAUAUUUAAGUAUGAAGGAGGAGUUACAAGUUAGAGACCAGCACUAGGUGCACCCAUCCAGCUUAAGUAGAUCCAGCUCGCACAGCAACUAAGAAUCACAGGCAGUGCGUUUCGGGACUGUAAGCGCAAUGCAAGCAAAUGAUAAACCCGAUUUUAUUUGACUGUCGAAACCUUUUUAAACUUCCCAAAAUUUGGCCUUACUCAAUGCAAUUAUAACUCGCGACUUACAGUUCUGAAUCCCACUGUACCAGCGCUAACGCCGCACAUAGUCGAUAAGUCAACCUGCCAAGCUCCCUAAGAACCCCGACCCUCCCACUCCAGUAGCAGUUAAAAUAGUGAUAACGUUGCUAAAAUAUAUAUUUGAGAGUAUGUAAGAUAAUACAAGUACGCGCAUACUUAUAUUUAAUGUUUUACAGAAUUACAUUACAAAUAUAGAAUAAUGUUUAAAAA